UGUAUUUCCUUGUCUAGCCUCCAUUACUCAGCAGAUUCGUUUUGCAGAGUAGGCAGAAGUUUAUUUCUUUAACCAAGGCUGACAGGGCAAAACACUCUGCCAGUAUCAGUUACUCGCUUGGGUACAAAGACCUCAGAGUUGCCCUGCUUUUUGUUCAGCAAAAUGGAAAAGCUCGUGGCCCUCGUCGUUUUCUCCUGUGCCGUCUCGGUGGCUCAAGGUCAAGUAUUCAGCUGGGGCAAGUGCCCCGACGUCCCGGUCAAGUCCAACUUCUCUGUGGACGCCUACCUGGGACGCUGGUUCGAAAUCGCCCGGUUCCCGACCAUCUUCGAGAAAGGUCUGAAGUGUGUCCAGGCCAACUACUCACUUCUGGACGACAGCACCAUACAGGUAGUGAACCAGGGUCAGAAGAAGUGUUGCGGAGACGAGACGAAGGCGGUCGGGGUAGCCUGGGCCCCGGACGCCGACGAACCGGCCAAGCUGCUGGUCCGCUUCAGCCGCUUCAUGCCUGCGGGCCCGUACUGGGUCCUGGACACAGACUACAGCCGCUACUCCGUGGUGUGGUCCUGCGUGGACCUGUUCUGGGGCGUGGCCAGGUUAGAGCUGACCUGGAUUCUGGGCAGGGAGCGUGCACUGGACGAAUACCUGCUGAGGGACAUCGUGUACGAGCUGACCAAGUUCAAGAUCGAUGCCGUUAAGUUCAAGUGGACGGACCAGAACAACUGUGCCGGCUCCAACUCCACUGUUCCCACCCCCAUCGAAACUGUGGAAGUGUCCAAUGAUAGCUACUGGAUCCAUCCCAAAAUAUUUUAGUUCUGUAAUCAAGCACGAGUUUUGUUCUUGACAAAAGAGUUACACGUAAAUCUCGCUCGUCAAAAAUUAAGAGCUUUCAUCUAAAAUGUUUCAGAAGAUGUCCAUCCUACUUCUUACACUCUGUGUCACUGAUGGGCAUGUCACUGAAAUG